CCAUCAAAUAUCUCUUUUAUUUCUCUCUCUAUCACCGCACAAACAAACGCAAAACAACACGAGUUUAUUUUCCCUCAAUACGGUGUCGUUUCCUUUUUUUCUUUCUCUCACCAACCCUAAAAAAAAUUAAAAAUACAUCAAACCCUAGUUUUCCCUUUCUUCUUGCGCCGCGUUUUCAGAUCUCGAUCCCCUUUCUUUCCCCCUCGAUUUCACCCUCAAUUUCUUCUCCUUCUCUCCGAUCGAUUCGAUCCUCUCUUAGAUCGUGAAAUUCUCUUUCGAUCGAUCGUAAUUUUGUCGUCGUCGGUUUACCGUGUCGGUUUUUAGGGUUUCCGUCGCGAAUCUUCUCGAUCUGUGUUUUCGAUAAAUCGAUUGAGUUUUUCUUUGUUCGAUUUGGGUUAUUCGUUUUUGUUUGAAUCGUUUUGUUGUUUCCGAUUUAGGGUUAAUUCAACGGGUUCGAUUUUGGUUUUGUUGUCUGGAAAUUUCUUUGGGGGUUGUUAGAUCUUGGUGUUGAUCGUUGUAAUUCUUCGUCAAUUGUUUGAUAUCGUUCGAUUUUAAAAAAAAUUAGGGUUAGGGUUUUCUCAGUUUGGGGCUUUUCUUGUUUUAUUGAAUUUAUUUGGGGAAAGUUCAAUUUCUUUGAGUAAUUACGAUUCUCCGGGUUUAUUACUUCCUAAUUCAGCGAUUUGCCAUUAAUUUGACAGAGACUGAUUUUAAGGUAAUCAUGGUGCAGAAACGUCCUUUUGAUGCUGAGGAGAUGCUUGAGGUGUCCUUCAAGCACCCUAAACAUGCAAGUCCCAGUGAUCUUGUACCAUUAUCAGAAUCUGUUUUUCCUGAAGAUGAUUGCUACACCCAUUUACCAAAAACUUCAGAGGAAGGAUAUGCAAAAGGUAGUAGCGAUUGUAAUGACAAGCUUGCUGAUGAAACUUGUGAUGUACUGCCUAGUGGGACUGAGGAAUCUGAAACAAGCUUUCCUGUGAUAGGUGUUCCUGCUUCUUCUUGGGCCACCAAUGGCAUUUCUGAAGAGUAUCACCGAUCAGAACAGCCUAUACAUCUUCCUCUUUUUCCUGAGUACUUCAGUCCGGAACGGCCACUAUAUUUCAGUCCAGAACGACCCAUAAGGACAUUAACUCGCUACGAGGACAUUUACUCCAUACUCCUUGACCAAUCUCCUCGCAAGCCUGUUUCAAUUGGAGCUAAUCAUCAAGCUGAUGUUCCCCCAUGGAUGCCAAAAGCUGCUAAUGCUGUCUCAGAUUCGAACCUCACUGUUUGUGACAGGGAUGAAGCUGAAAAAAGAAUGAUGGGGACCUGUAUAAUCCCUAUGCCUCAGAUGGAGUUAUUUACCAUUGAUGAUGAAGCUGGAAAGGGAAGAAAAGAUUGCAACUGCGAAUAUAGGGGAUCUAUAAGAUGUGCAAGACAACAUAUAAUGGAAGAAAGAGAAAAACUAUUUAAAACCUUUGGGAUUGAGAAAUUCAAUGAAUUGGGGUUUGCUGACAUGGGAGAACAAGUUGCUGAUAGGUGGACAAUAGAGGAUGAACAUCUAUUUCACAAGGUUGUCUAUAAUAAUCCAGCAUCAUCCAACAAGAAUUUCUGGAAUUAUCUUUCCAUUGUAUUUCCCUCACGAAACAAAAAGGAGAUAGUGAGUUACUACUUUAAUGUCUUCAUGCUUCGGAAGCGUGCAGAGCAGAACAGUAACCCCCUAUUAAGUGCUGAUAGCGAUAAUGAUGAAUAUCAAGGUAAUGAUGAUCAUGAGGAUGAUGAUUCUGUUGCGGAGUACCCUGUUUGUCAAGAUGAUACUUUUGUCAAUAACUGCAAUGAUAAUCAUUUGGAAGAUUAUGAGGUUGAUUUUGUUGAAGAUGAAACUUGUGCUGUUAACGGAUUCGGAGAUCAGACAAGGAGGAACAAUGAUGCUGUUGAGAUGCAUCACCCCAAUGGUUCCCCUCAUCUGAAUCAACACCAGGAUCAAUCUGUUUGUCAUGAUCAGUACACAUCACAUAACAUGGGAGUUGCUUCACGGGAGACCAGAGUGAAGAGUGGAAAUGGUGAUCAUUGGACCAGUAACUACAAUGGAAUAAGCAAUGGUUAUAGCCAAGGGUAUGUGUUGGAGCCCUGUGAUGCACCCGGAUGGGAUUCUGGCUUUGUAUCUUGCUCUAAAAAUAAGAUGGACUUUUUACCAACAUGUAGCAUGAUAGAAGAAGUUUUUGGAGAUGGUCGAAGGCAAGACAUGAGAAGAGGUUUCAUGGAUUGAAUCUCAGUUAGCAUAAGGCCUCAAGGUUGAUGAGAUUUCGUAUUUUCUUUUGUACAUUUGACAUAAGGUUGGAAAAGUAGCCUUCAUUGUAAAAUAUUGUUUUGGAAGGUGAUUUCGUUUGAGUUAAUGUCCCAUUUAUUCUUCUCAAGUCCUUUUUUUGGAAGUGUAAAAUUUCUUAUUCCUUAAUUUAUGUUUAGUUUCCACACUGGUGUGGAUUUAAGUUUAGAGGGAGGGAGAUAAUGGUUUAUGGAACAGAAACCAUUUUAUGAUGUAAUUUGUCAAUAUUUGAUCCCUAAUGAAAAUUAAAAAUUCUUACA